CUUAGUAUAGAUAUCUUACCCGCAAAUUCUAUUCAUAUUCGGUUUACGAAAUUUUAUUAUUUUUGACGUUGACAGUGUGUCAUUAUUGUUUUAUCACGUAAUUAUUUUGUUCAGAAAAUUAUUAUUUAGUGCAUCAACUCAUAGAUGAAAUUAAAGAAUUGAUCAAAGCAAUUUUGCAGUGUUACGUUAUUUCGUGUCUAGAAUAAGAUGAGCUAUUUGUUAUAAAUAAGAUUAUUAAUAAUGAGUCGCAAAUGUUUUUUGAGAUGUAUGCUGGAUUUACAUGAGCCCAUAAAAUUGUCUCACCAUGUUGAGACGGUUGUAGGCCGUAGUAAGAUUACUAAAAUAAAAGAUCAGUCUUGUUCCCGACAGCAACUUACUUUAAAAGCAGAUUGUGAUAGUUGCUUAGUUGAAGUCAAACAGUUGGGAGUCAAUUCUUCUGGUUUAGAUGGAUUUGCUUUAAAAAGAAAUGAGGUUUAUAAAGUUGGCCAUGGUUCUAAAAUUGAGAUAUUAUUAAAUAAUUAUUUUCAUAUAAUUGAGUUUAGUCCACCUCCUGAUUUAUGUGAACAAUCAAUAAAUAAUAAUAAGAGAAAAUAUGAAGACAAUGAAUCUACACAAUGUAAAAGACAAGCAAUGGAAAACAAAUUAGAUGCUAGCAAUAACUCCAAUGUGGAUGAAAAUUUAGAGGAUGUUUGGGAAGAGAUUGAUAAAGGCGAAUUAUACAUAUACACAUCAAAGGGUGUAAAAUCAAGUAAAAAAAUAGCUGCAUUUGAUAUGGAUGGUACUCUGAUUAAAACUAAGUCUGGUAAAGCACAUCCAGUAGAUAUUAAUGACUGGGAAAUUGCACUUCCUGUUGUAUCACAAAAGCUAAAAGAACAGUUAUUGGAUGGGUUUAGAAUAGUUAUAUUUAGUAAUCAGGCACCAAUAGGAAAAGGGAGAGUUAAAAUAGAAGACUUCAAGAAGAAAUUUGAGAGUAUAGUACUUAAUUUAAAUAUUCCAGUUCAAGCAUAUUUUGCAACUGGUAAAGGAUUUUAUAGAAAACCAGCAACAGGAAUGUGGAAAUAUUUAAAUGAACAGAAGAAUGAUGGUCUGGAAAUUGAUAUGGAUCAAAGUUUUUAUUGUGGAGAUGCUGCAGGCAGAGUUGCCGGCUGGGCGCCAGGCAAGAAGAAAGAUCAUUCCAUGGCCGAUAAGUUAAUGGCAGAAAAUUUAUCACUAAAAUUUUACACACCUGAACAAUAUUUUCUUGGUCAUUCUAUCAAUAAUGUACCUUUUGAGAAACCUGAUUUUAUACCUAAAAAAAUUACAGCAGAACCCUUUAAUGAUAAACUCAUUAGUAAAGAACAAGAAAUUUUAGUUCUAGUGGGAUUUCCUGGUAGUGGUAAAUCAUUUUUGGCUAAACAAAUAGAGAAGAAAUCUAAUCACCAGUAUGUGGCUGUGAGCCGAGAUGUACUUGGUUCAUGGCAGAAGUGCGCAGCUGAAGCUACGAAAUUUUUACAGAAAGGAAAAAGUGUGAUAGUGGACAGUACCAAUCCAGAUGUAGAAUCACGUGGACGUUGGACAUCGCUUGCUAACCAGAUGAAGGUGGAAUGUCGUUGUGCGAAAAUGGCGACUACAAUAUCUCAUGCAAAACACAACAAUAAAUUUAGAGAACUUAUGAAAUUCAAGCAUGUACCAGUUAAUGAUAUUGUAUUCCAUACCUACAAAAACAAAUUUACUAAUCCAUCACCAAAAGAAGGUUUUAAAGAGGUGAUUGAAGUGAAAUUUAAUCCGUGUUUUGAAGAUAAAGAAGCAGAAAAAAUAUACAAAAUGUACCUACUGGAAAAGUGAAGUUCGAAAUUGUAAUUAAAUAAAAAACUGUUAUAUAAGUA